AUGAUUGAUUAUUAUGGAAUUACAUUCGACCACGACACCGAUCCAGAAGUGCUGCAGAUCAACAUUUUUGAAAUCGAAGAUGGAGGCAUAUAUGUAAACGAGAGUAUCAGUUUUGAGAUCGACCCGGCGGAUUAUGCGGGUAAAAAGGUGCUUGCUCUGCCGAGAUGCUGUCAGAAAAGGAAGGGGAGCACGGAUCGGAUGAGGGUCAAUGACGGAUAG